AUGCAGCUCUGGCAUACAUUUCUCCAGCUGGGGCUACUGGCUUCGGCUGCUAUUCCGACCAGCGCAGCCUCUGUCUGGGGAUUUACUGAUGCCACCGUGUCAGUUCACACAAAAGGCGCUGGAGUUGGUUCGGGUUCGAAGGAACAGAUCCCUGACAACAAGGCCCUUUCCAAACCCGUCUCGCUCGGCAGCGCGGAUACCCUUAAAGUGAGCCUGAUAACGCAAGAAGGCCGCUCCGCAAAACGCGCCCACCAGGUGUUCUUGCUACUUCAAGACCCGAAUACUGGUUUGGAUAUUUCGUAUCCUUUCAGUGUGAAAGAUAAUGGCAAAUCCAGGGUGGAAUUGACACAAAAAGACCUUCCCGUCCAAUUCCUCUCUGUCUCGGAGCCCCUCGACGCCAGGUUCCUUGUUGGCUCGUUUGGAGACUCUCAAGCAUACAACGGAGCCGCGUUCAAGCUCUUGGUCACCCGGGACCCUGAUGUGCCUGUCCCCAAGGUCGAGGUCUCGCGGUUCGGAAAGCUUCCCGAGAUCCAUCAUAUCUUCAAGAGCGAUCCGCGGAGUCCCCCUGUUGUGAUUACUUUGGCCUUUGUUGGAAUGGUCCUUGCUGCUCUUCCUCUUCUGGCCGGCGUGGUGAGUCUUGUCUUGUUCUCUGGGUGGCUUAAGCUCGACCUAAUUGCCAUCUCUCAGUGGUUUCUCCUUGGUGCCAACGUGUAUCAUCUACCCACCGCUCUUAAGUCGGCUCCCAUCCCUCAUGCCGUGUUCCUCGGGUCACUUCUCUCGCUCGAAGGCAUCUUCUUCUUGUACUAUACCUCCUGGACCCUGUUCCAGAUCCUUCCGGCCGUCGCCGCUGUUGGUACGGUCGCAUUCAUCAGCGGUAGUCGCGCCCUGGGCGAAGUGCAAGGUCGGCGCCUUGCAGGGCUUAGGUAG